AUGAAAAGGACCCGCGGUCUUGGUCAUGACAUCAUGCUAGGCGGGCUGCCAGCUGGUGCUGAUCCUUUUGCUCACAUCUCACAUCUUACGGCACGUCGAUUCACGCCUCGGUUGCCUCAAUCGGCCAUAAUCCUCCUGGCCGUUUUUCUCGUUUUUCACAUCCUGAUCGCCGCGUUCAACUUGGUCAUCCUAAUCUUUCCCUACGUCGGUAAAGCCAAGCGGCAAUUGUGGACUUUCAAGAAGCUAUACAUUUACGAUCGUUCUGGCGAAAAACUUUAUAGUACUCCCUUGUACUUGGUCAAUGCUGGGGUCUUGAUGUCGGUCUCGCAACUUCUGAGCUCCGCCACUACUCAGGUGUACAUAUUGAUGCACAUUAGGAUGAAUUUAUCCGAACAUUACUCUCUGCGCUGUCAAUUUAUUCCUGUCUUAGGUCUCGUGUUCAUCUUUGAUACUUACUCAUACUGGAGUAUGGCGCACUGCUUUUUGGCACUAUAUUACAGCAACAAGAACUUUGCGGUCAAACCAAAACGGCUAAGCUGGCUCCGAUCUCCGCGGUCAAUCAAUAUUUUCUUUCUCAUCUUCCCAAUUUCCGUGACCGUUACGACCAUCAUCGUCAUAACCCGUAUGAGCAUGGUCUAUCACGAUCUUCAAGUCCAGACAACAAGUUUGAGAGCCACUCUGGCCCAAGGCUCCCUACUUUGGAAGCAAUUGGAGCUUCCGGGUCACUCUACCGAGGAAAUAGCAAGCCUUUCAUCUCAGCUAACAACAGUACAGUCCGGAUUAGGCUCACUGCUGGAGCAAACAGGCACUCUUGUAUCAAAUUUACUUGAACGAUUCAACUCAAUCCGAUCAAUAAUGCUAUUCUUCAUACUCGCAACCAGCCUAGUUUUUGUUUUGUCAUUUUGGAAAUUGGCUCAAAAGUACAAAUCGAGGGACAAUCCGCCAACUGAACUAAUCUCAAAAGGCGAUUUAUCUGAUUCUUGGCACGCACAAAGCAACUCCCAACACAUCUCUGUACGAUCACACGUCAGCCCGACUAGCCUGACUCUGUUUCAAACCCUGCAAUCAGAUCCCCAAUUUCUUCGAUUGACAAUAAGGGCUUUUGCUACCUCCCUCGGAAUGCUUGUCGCUCUGGUUUUCUGGGUUUUGGCUAUAUUCAAGUCGAUUGACAUGAUGAUGGAUCCUUUUUGGCACGGGGUGGCGACGUGGCUACCAACAGUUUCUGGCACCUGGACUGCAAUUCCUGUUGCAUGGCAAUCGUGGCGGCUAUACCUAGACCAGAACCCUGGAACGGUUGAUCUUACCUACAAAUUAGAAGAGACUCCAUCAACAAUAGAGCACCCUCAGACCGCGAGCUCCUAA